AUCACGUAGUCCGAGGGCGGCAGCAUAAAUGAAGCCGACUUCACGGUGACUCGGGUCUUUCUUCAGCAGAGGAGCGCUCCAGGGCCAAAACAUGCAGGCGAUCAUAGCGAGGAACGGGCUGGAGACGCCGGAGCCUGUGAAAGCAGAAGUUAAAGGGUCGGUCCCCUUGUGGCUCCAGGGCACCCUGCUGAGGAACGGACCUGGGCUUUUCUCAGUCGGUGACUCCGAGUACAACCACUGGUUUGAUGGCCUGUCGCUCAUUCACAGUUUCACCUUUAGCAACGGGGAGGUGACUUACAGGAGCAAGUAUCUGAAGAGCGAGACCUACAAGAGGAACGUCAAGGCUGACAGGAUCGUCGUCUCGGAGUUUGGGACCAUGAUUUACCCAGAUCCCUGCAAAAACAUCUUCUCCAGGGCAAUGACACACUUCCGAAACAUCAUCCCCGAUUUCACGGACAACAACUUGAUCAACAUAAUCCGCUACGGUCAGGACUACUACGCCUCCUCUGAGGUCAACUACAUCAACCAAGUUGACCCGUCCACCCUGGAGACUGUGGGCAGGGUGAACUACAGGAACCACAUAGCGCUAAACUUGGCCACGGCUCACCCUCACUAUGACAAAGAGGGCAACACCUACAACAUGGGCACCGCCAUUAUAGGCCUCGGACGGCCAAAAUACAUAAUUUUCAAAGUGCCGGGAACAGCAUCAGAUAAAGACCCCAAAAAGCCAGCUCUGAGGAAAGUCCAGCAGAUCUGUUCGGUUCCUUUCCGGUCCACACUGUAUCCAAGCUACUUCCACAGCUUCGGCAUGACAGAGAACUACGUCGUGUUCGUGGAGCAACCCUUCAAACUGGACAUCGUGAAACUGGCAACUGCCUAUUUCAGAGGGGUCAACUGGGGGAGCUGCCUCAAAUUUGAUGAAAAGGACGACACGUUCUUCCAUGUCAUCAACAUAAAGACGGGAAAAGCAAACUCCCUUCGCUACCACGCCGACGCUCUGGUGGUUUUCCAUCACAUCAACGCCUACGAGGACGACGGCCACGUGGUGUUCGACAUCAUCGCCUACAAGGACAGCAACCUGUAUAACAUGUUCUACCUCCACAACAUGAAGAAGGAAACGGACAACUUCAUUGAGGCCAACCAGGAGUUCUCCCCACCAGUCUGCCAGAGAUUCGUUCUUCCUCUAAACGUCCAGAAGGAUUCUCCCAAAGGAACAAACCUUGUGACUUUGACGGAUACGACAGCUCAGGCACUAAAGCAGGAGGACGGCUCAAUCUACUGUAAACCUGAAACCAUCUUUGAAGGUAUGGAGCUGCCAGGGAUUAAUUACGACUUCAACGCCAGAAAGUACAGAUACUUUUACGGCUCCAGGUUGGAGUGGUCACCUCAUCCCAACAAGAUUGCCAAGGUGGACAUCGUCACCAAGACACACAUCGAGUGGAGGCAGGAGAACUGCUACCCUUCAGAGCCUGUGUUUGUCGCGUCUCCAGGAGCCGUGGAGGAAGACGACGGAGUUAUCCUGUCAUCCGUCGUUUCCUCAGACCCAAGCAUUUCACCAUUUCUGCUCCUCCUUGAUGCCAAAACCUUUGAGGAGAUAGCACGGGCCUCCAUCCCUGUCCCUGUCCACAUGGACCUUCACGGACUGUUCAUUCCUGACACGGGGAAAUAAUAAAAGUGGCUGGAAAAAUGUUUUUGUUAAACAUGCGUAUUUUGUAGAAUACAGAGACGAUAGUUACUUUUGCAAUGAAAGCAGGAAACAAAGAGGAGGCUUUUCUUCAAUCGCAGUUUUAUUUUGUACCCAAGAGGUUUAAAAACACGACUUAUUCCUCGCUAUCACAAUUCUAACAAAUUUAGCAAGGAUUUAUCCUUAGAGCAACAAACCAGGGUGUUAUUAAUAUAAAUUGUCAAAGUUGCUGUUUUAAAGUGCUGACGAGGAAACAGUUGGAGGGGUUAUUUGUACUUUUCCUGUUUUCUUUACUAAUAUGAUGCAUUUUUCUCAAUAGUUUACAAUCAAAGCCUUUAUUUUAUUUAGAAAUGUCAAGGUUCAGUUGAGCAUCCAUGCUGAACUUAGAUCAGAAACUCGUAGGUUUCAGAUUUUUAAACCUAAUAGGUUCAUUAAAAGAAAACAAAAUGUUAAGAAGCUUGCUGCUAUGAAAUAUUUUCCAUUUUGUAUACAUGUCUUUUUGUUUUUGUUUUUAAUAUUAAAUUUUAAGCUUUGUGAAUGUUGAAUUGUCCAUAUAACAUAAAUAAUUAAAGAUUUCAAUUCGCAAUUUUAUAA